UCAAAAAAGAUUUCGGUUUCAAUUAACGCGCCCAUUCUUCGAAAGAAAGUAUGGAAGCAUUUCCAUGUCCGCUCGAACGUACGGUUGCAGAGGCUCUUCUCCUUCUCGCCACCUCUGAAUCGAAAUCACCUUCUCUUGCUUCAAAUUCUUCAAUUCCAAGCUGCUUCCACUAUUAUCCAUCCUUUCACAAUUACAGUAUUAAUGGAAACGAUGACUCGUCUCCGAGCGAUUCGAAGUCGUGUUCUUCAUCUCUCACAAGUGAAGGCUCUUCUAAGGAAACUCGACCAUGUCCGCUGAGACUUCUCGCAGUUGCAGCUCGUUGCAAUGAGAUGAAGCUCAAGGUCGUGAGAAAGAGUCGCUCCAAGAACUUCCGAAACUUGAACAAUCGGAAAAAUCUCUCAGACCUUUGGAGGAAACUGAUCAUAUUAGCUCCGGUGCCAAGGUCAUCUAAAACUACUACAGAGGAGGCUUCAUCGCUGUCGACCUCCUCCAGUGGAGUUUCCGGCUCGCCGAGUCGCUGUCUGGUAGGAGCAGUGAGGAAAGUUAAAGAUUCAGUGAGUCACGCUCACGGCGAAGCGUUGAAGAGACAAAAGGUCAGUGGCACGGCUUCCAUGCGUCGCCGAGCCGAGUCCAUCUUGAAGUUACUCUCUGUUGGUUGCUCUUCUGAGGUUAAGAUCCGUCGAGUUCUUGGUGACAGUCCUGACACCAGUAAAGCUCUCAGAAUGUUGCUGAAGAUGGAGGAAGUCAAGAGAUCAGGCACCGGGGGACGAAUGGACCCAUUCAUGUACACGGUUACAGGAUCGCGUAGUGACGUAGACUCGGUUUGAUCGAGUUUUCAAGAAGAGGAGGUAAUAUCAUAUCGUAGAGUACAGAGGGAGAAGGUUGGGUUGGGCCCAAAUAAUUAAGGUUGGGUCUGAAGUACUAUAACGGAAUUAACUAACUCAUAAUUUGUAAAUGAGGAAAUAGGAAUAGCCUGUUAGGGUAAUUUUGCUUUU